AUUUUACACGUUAGACUUCAGCGUACACAGUAACAAAAAUUACACUUGUCUUAUUUACACAUCGCAUUAAGCUCUGUAUACUCAUUGUGUAGCCUACUAGCUGUGUCGGCUUGUUUAAACCGAAUAAUUUGCAUGGUACCAAAUCUACUUAGGCAAGGCUUCUCUCCAGCUAGCUAUCGAUAAACAAUUUAGAAUGAGCAAACUUGCCCAGUGAACGCUGGAAUAUGGAUCAUUUGUUUUUAUUUAGAAUACAAAUUAAUCCAAGUUCAUAUUCUGUUGUUUAUCUCUUUACUCUUUCCAGGCAGUUAGGACAAAGAGAUCUGUGGAGUAAUUUAUGGAAUCACUAAAUCGUAUUAAUGGAACAAUAUCAACGGCAGCAUUCUCUGUGGAAUUUAAUUAAGCAGUACGUCCCGGACUCAGAACUUGCCGAGGUCCGCUCCCUAAUCGGAGAAGCACUGAUCGAUGUGUAUACAGACCUGUACUCAGAGGUGGAGCUGUGGGAGCAGAUUUGGAGGGACUCCACCCAACAGUGGAACCGGCCGAACUCUACUCCAUCACCUCUGGCUGACCCCCCGGCUAUCAAAGCCCUGCUCAAGGCUGAGAUCCAGCUGCUGCUGCUGUCGGUGAGAGAGAGGGCGGCCAGGGAGGGCAGAGAUGGAGAUGCAGUGCUGUCCCGAUACAGUCCCAGUGUGGUCAGUUACGUCCUCUCUAAUGGCCCUAAGACUCCUAGAAGCACUCCGGAAAACAGGGACACACCUAGCAGAUCACAGUCCAGACAGAGCCAAAAUGGAAAUAGGUCUAGUUCUCAGCUCUCCUCCGUCUCCAGCCUUGAAGACGAAAUUGAGUCCGUGAAGAUGAAGUUGAACGUCUCCCAUGUGGACGAUGUCGUCUCCCACCUUCAAUCAGUGCUCGUGGAGGACUGUGAAGCUUUGAAAAAGGAUGUUCAGUUUUUGCAGGAGGAUGUGGAGCGGGCCCAUCACACCGAUCACACAGAUGGGGAGCUGCCAGAGCCCACAGUCACAGAGCUGAAAGAGCAGAGGAAAGUCAUCCAGAUGGACCUGCAGCGGCAGCCCCUGACGAGCGGCUCUUUCUCCCCUGAUAAGGCUGCCUCUAAGGGGCCUCUGGCGCGCUCCAGGCAAAGGACGGGAUGCCGUGCCAAUCAUUUAGGGAAGUACCAUAAUCCAACACCACUCUCAGCAACAGCAGCAGCCAUGACCCUCCCCAGGCCUCCCUCCUCUCAGGAUCUGGCCCACUGCACUCCUGGAGCACAGCCUAGCACUCCCCACCCGGACAGGACACCAGGACUGCCCCCCACCCCAGACAGCUCUGCUCCCCUCCCAGGACCGGUUCCCCUGGAGGGGGGCUGCAGCCCAGACACUUUGCUCCCCUGUCUCAGGCUCGGAGGCUCCAGGGGCAGGGAGCCGCGUCUCCUGCCCCUGAGCACCUCUCCUCUCACCAGUCCCUCGGAGCUGCAUGUGGUCGUGAGGGAGGGCCGACAGGACGCUCUCCCCGCGAACGCACUGGCGUGUGACGGACAGAACCUGCUGUCACAGCGCUCUGGGAGUGAUGUGCAUCAGCCUUGCACAGGUGCCUCCAUAUUGCCACUCCCUGCCGCCUGCGGGGUCUUGGAGGGCCGUACUGCCAAGAGGCUAUCCCUGGACGGCCUGGUGCCCUGUCCUCCCGCAGCCCAGAAACCGGCCAACAGGGGGCAGAGUGUGGCCAGGCGUCUGGGCCAUUCUCAGAUGGACAGAUUGGUUAGUCCCUCCUGA